AGGCCAUGCACCCUCUCCUUCUCUUCCUCCUCCCUCUCACCACCACCUUCCUCCUCCUCUUCCACACCAUCCUAUGGAUCCCUCGUCGAACCCAGCUCCACUUCCGCCGCCAAGGCAUCCCCGGCCCGCCAUACCGUCCCAUCAUCGGAAACGCCAGGGACAUACGCGAGUUGACCGCAGCGGCCAUGUCGCGGCCGAUGCCGGAACUCAGCCACGAUAUUUUGUGGCGGGUGGAUCCACGAUACGCGCUAUGGUCGGUCGUGCACGGCAAGACUUUCCUGUUUUGGUUCGGCACUCGGCCGCAUCUAGCCUUCGCCGAGCCGGAGAUGGUGAAGGAGGUGCUGUUGAAUACAAGUAGUGGAGCAGGAGUGUUCGAGAGGAUGCAAGAGUCUCCUCUUGUUAAGUGUUUGCUUGGAGAUGGCUUGUUUAGAUUGAAGGGACAAAAGUGGGCAAAGCAUAGGAGGAUUAUUAGCCCAGCUUUCAACAUGGAGCGUGUUAAGGAGUGGGUACCUGUAAUGGUAGCCAGCACUUUGAGGAUGAUAAGCAAAUGGGACAAAGAAAACGAAGGCAAGGCGACAUUUGAAAUAGAAGUCCACAAAGAGCUUCACAAUUUCACAGCAGAUGUCAUCUCCAGGGUUGCUUUUGGCAGCAGCUAUGAUGAAGGAAAGAGUAUUUUUCUGCUGCAAGAAGAGCAAAAGAUUAAUGUUUCUCAUGCUAUACGGCAAGUUUAUAUUCCUGGAUUCAGAUUCUUACCUACAGAGUCAAAUAAAAGAAUGUGGAGUAUAGACAAGGAGAUAGAAGCAUUAUUAAAGAAACUAGUUCAAUCAAACCAAGAUACUGAUAAAAACUCUAGAUAUUUUCUUAAUCUUAUGAUAUGUGCAAAAAAACAUCAAAAGCAAGAAGAGAGAAUUGAGACACAAGAAAUCAUAGAGGAAUGUAAAGCAUUCUACUUUGCUGGGAAAGAAACUGGUGCUAACUUCUUAACAUGGGUGCUAAUAUUGCUAGCAUCAUACCCAGAUUGGCAGCAAAAAGUGCGUGAAGAAGUCAUUAAAAUUUGUGGUCAGCAACAUGUUCCUGAGGCUGAGGACUUGGGCAAGCUUAAUCUUGUAAAUAUGAUACUGUGCGAAACUCUUCGCUUAUACCCGCCAGUUGUAUCACUAACAAGGAAAACAUGCAAAAAUGUAAAGCUAGGAGCCCUUAAUAUUCCUGCAGGAACACAGCUAUACAUCCCAAUUUUAGCCAUACAUCAUGAUGUUAAGAUUUGGGGGGAGGAUGCAAAUGAGUUCAAUCCACUGAGGUUCUCAGAUACCAAAAGGCAUAUGGCUGCAUUUGUUCCGUUUGGAUUAGGAGCAAGAAUCUGUAUUGGUCAGAACUUGGUUAUGAUGGAAGCAAAGUUAGCACUCGCAAUAAUUCUUCAGCAUUACAAUUUUAAAAUCUCUUCUUCUUAUGUUCAUGCUCCUAUGCUGCUGCUCACACUGCAACCCCAGCACGGUGCGUAUAUUCAAUUUCAGAGGCUGACAAAUACAAGAUUACAUGAUGCAUAAUAUGAAAUGUUCCUCAUUUUAAUUGUUAUGUAAAGUCUGAGCUUUGAACAUAUGUAAUAAAGCCCGUAAACAUAAUUAAAUAAUUAGGUUUGAGGUCUUUUGGUAUUAUUUCACCAUUUUCUCUUAUUGUUUGUGAUGAAAAUGGAAUUCAACUUCAGUAUAAUUGGGAAAAAUGGAAUACCCCAGCCCAAACAAAUGUUCGGCGUCCAAUCCGAGGGUUUUGAUUCAAGAUUAGUCGUAUUGCUCCGAAUCUGAACUUGCUUUGAAAUUUGUAAUUUGAUUCAUUAAGCACAGGAGUUGAUAUCAAGAAAAUACUCAAUUUGGAAGAACGUGAUCUGCUCUACUCAACCAAUUAUCAAUGUAAUUUGACCAAAACAUUGAUAUUACUGCAAUUA